AUGGCCGACCCGUUAUCAAUCGCCAGUAGUGUCGCUGGCCUUGUAUCCCUUGGCUUGACUCUCUGUGGCGGUCUACACAAUUAUUUUAGUAGCGUCAAAGGCCGACACCAAGACAUCGAGACAGCCAGCCGAAGCCUUACUCUUUUGCAAUCAAACAUCUUCAUCAUCCAGUCGAGCACAUUGAAACUUGGCCAUCGCCACGCCUUGUCUGCCAAUGGAGUCAAUCAGGGUCUUGCCAAUUGCGAGUUCGAACUCGUAGCCCUGCAGCACUUGAUGCUGAACCUUACUAGAGAUGAGGGUUUGUCCGACAUGACAGGAAAGUUGAGAAAGCAAAUCAUGUUAGCUCGGUAUCCAUUUGAUCAGAAGAAGUUGAUUCAACUUCAAGAUCAGCUUUCCAAGGCCAAUGCGACUUUGAGUACUUUCGUACAAAACUUCAACCUUGAUAUCAACAUCGGCAUCAGCGAAGACUUGCAGAUUUUGAAAAACUAUACCAAUGCUAACGAUAGCAUCACGCACAACAUGCUAGGCACAAUUGCCAGGCGACUUGACGCCAUCAGUCCAGCUGUUCAACGUAUUGAGAUAGAAAUGGCAACAUUGUCUCAACAUGUCCAGGACAACUGCCUCGACACUAGCAGCCAUGUUUCAGACGUCGUUGUCCAACCUCGUUAUCUGCAGAAUUCUCACAAGGAAGAAUCAACAACUAAAAGACUAAAUCAUCUAGAAUGUACUUGUUCCGACCCUCCUGCCGCUUAUAUUUGUCGAAAAUCAUCUUAUAUUGGACGAUUCUGGGGAGGUUUAGUCAUCUCGAAACAAGAACAUAAACGACAACGCCAUCGUCCUAGUUGCAUCUUUUUCAGCCACUCACACCAGAAGUCAAAAACUACGUUUACCUACCUUGGACUUCGAUAUUGGCUUUCUCAGAGUUUGUUCCUGUCACUAACUCGAGACUAUCCGGCUGGGGCAUACAGUAUUUCCUUCGGGAUACAGCCAUGCAACAUUGUUGAAUGGAGUCCGGCUUUCCAAGCUUUCUUUGACCUCGAAUACAAGUAUCAGAGCUGGUAA